AUGGUUGCGCCAGAUAUCUUCCGGCGAUUGGGCCUACUGACAGCCGCCGCCCCCCUCGCGCUUGGCCUCAACGCCGUCCUUCGCCCAAAUGCAGCCCUCGAGGUGCUAGGCUACAAAAUACCGCUGACGUCACCAUCGCCAGCGACGCCAACGAAAGGCUCUGGAGUGGUGGCUACGCCGCAGCUUGCGGCUCAGCACGUGGCCCAAUUCUACGGCGCGCGCAACUUGCUCUUUGCCACACUUACCCUCCUUGUUGCACUCUCGCCUCACGACGGUGGCGACAACACAUUGCUGGCAAAGUUCUGGGUGGCAAACUCAAGCCUGGCUUUCGUCGAUGGACUCAUCAGCAGAGCCAGGCUCGGUGCAGGGAAGCAGUGGGCUCACUGGGGUUUUAUUCCGCUUGGGCUUGGAUUAAGCUUGGGGCUGAUGGGCUACUUUUGA